AUGAGCAGGAACCGCGAGGUGAAAUGUUUUGUGCAGAUCAGCACGGCAGCGUUUGGAAGCGAGCUGCGCGCCUCUGCAGACUGCUCCAGGCUGGACAGGACGCGCUGCCAGACGUUCCAGUGCGUCGCGGGGCCGCUGGAAGCGGACGGGGACAGCGUCGACGUCAGCGUCUCCGCCGUCCUGCUCCGACGCUCCAUAGAGGACGUGCUUUCCCGCGCUGACGUGGACGUUAUUGGCCGCGCCAGGCUGCACAUGCCACAAGGUGUGCUGCUAACUUCAGAACUGUCCAGCGAAACAAAUACGACGACUACCAUUCUGAGUCCCAACAUCCAGAGGGCGGCAUUGGCUCCUUGGGUGUGGAUCGUUUUGGUGGUGGUCGCCCUGCUCAUCUAUGCUGCUAUAGUGGCCGUCCUUUAUAAGAUGGGAUUCUUCAAGCGAAAGAAACCCACAGCAAGGAGACCAGAAGCAGAAGAUGAAAACUUAGCCGAGGCUAAGAAACUCAUGGAAGAAGACUGAGUAAGCAGAGCGACGCAACUGACGAAGUUUUCAUGACACAUCGCUUUUAAGGCUAAACUAAUUCUAAGAACUAUUAGCAAAUCAAUUUUUUUCAAAAACAUGGCUAAUGUAUGCUAUACA